AUGGCGCAGGCGGCACUGCAGCGGGUGGCCAGGGACUACCUGGAGCAGACCUCGCUGCACGGGCCGCGCUACCUCACACAGCCCUGUCCAGAGAGGUGAGUCUGGCGGCUGGUGUGGCUGGUGGUGCUGGCAGCGACCGUGUGGGGCGUGGUGGUGGUGAUCGUGGACGUGUGGCUGGAGUUCAUGCGGCGGCCCACAGUCACGACCAUCGACUCGACCACGUUCCCCAUCUGGCGGGUGCCCUUCCCGGCCGUCGCCGUCUGCAGCGUCAACAAGAUGAGCCUCGCCGCCUCCACCAGGCUCGCCGAAUCCCUGUCCGAGGCGUCGGGCGUGCCCGCGGCGGAGGCGCUGUCCCUGCUGCGGUACGCGGGCCGCCUCUACGACUACGAGAGCAGCGACCUGCACAACAUCGACGCGCUGCACCAGCUGCUCGGCCGCUCCUACAACGUCACCAGCGUCAUGCUGCAGGUGGCGCCCACGUGCGAAGACUUGCUGGUUCGCUGCUCGUGGCAGGGCCGCCUCCACAACUGCUCGCAGCUGUUCAAGACCAGGAAGACCAUGGAGGGCUUCUGCUGCGCGUUCAACUACGUGCGCGGCAGCGACGACUUCAUCAGGAAUUGAGAUUAUUCAAAUGACGACCCAGGGAUUACAGUGGACUCACCCGGCUACGAAAUGGGACUAACAGUUCUCGUGAACGACAACUACUCCGACUAUUUCUACCCACUGAUUUCGUCAUCCGGCACAAAGGUGCUGGUGUUCAACCCGCGCGACUACCCGGACACGCCGAGCGGCAGCCUGACGGAGAAACUGGUGCCGGCGGGCGCCGAGGUGUUCCUGCGGCUGGGCGCCACCAGCACGUGGAGCACGGAGAGCGUGCGCGGCUACAGCCAGCAGCGGCGCGGCUGCCUCUUCCAGAGCGAGCUGGCCGACCUCUUCGCCGGCUACUACUCCUACAGUGACUGCCUCAUGAACUGCCGCAUCAGCAGCAUCGCCGCGCUCUGCGACUGCGUGCCCUUCUACUUCCCUAGCAGGGGCAACACAAGAGAGUGUAAUGUACUGGACAUACAAUGCCUCUCAAAGUACAGAGAGAAGUGGCUGACGCUUCGGCCCACCGACGACAUCGAAGGCCUGGAGGCGGAGCGGGAGGACUCGAUAUCGUGCGUCGAGUGCCGGCCGGCGUGCACCGACACCGCCUACAGCCUGCAGUCCACCUUCUCGCCCAUCAUGGCCCACCACGACCACGGCUCCCAGUUCCUGGAAGGCAUCGAGCUGAAAAACCACAGCGUCUUCCACCUGUUCUUCGGGAGUUCCGAUUCGGUGCGGCUGAAACAUGACACUCUGUACUACUGGUACGAUCUCAUGAGUAACUUUGGUGGACUUUGCGGGCUCUUCGUAGGCUUCAGCCUCAUCAGCAUAGUUGAAUUUUUCUAUUUUUUUACUAUACGUCUUUUCUACAUCAUUCAAGAAGAGAACAGCAAACGUUCAGAUCAAAAUCGAAACCAAACAUAUGACAGAAACAUGCUGAGCCGGAAUUACAGUUUAACUGGUCAAGAUUUCCAAAGAGGCUGCUUGGUGCUGAAAGGUCCAAAUGUUGAAUGUGUCAGUGAAGCAUUCCUUGAAACAGUAAUAUGUAAGAGAGCAGAGGUUAUGCCUGUUGUAAGAGAAUGGAAAUUGGUGCUGUCGGCGUGCAACGACCUGUCGGUGUUCGACCCGUCGACGUCGGUGGCGGCGCGGUUCUACUCGUCGCUGCUGGAGUGCGUGCGGCGGCUGUCGGACGUGACGUACGGCGUGGAGGUGUCGUGGCGGGAGGCGCAGGUGCCGGGCCUGCUGCAGACGCUGGCGGCGUGGGCGGCGGAGGGCGCGGCGGAGGGCGCGGGCGACGAGGCGCGCCAGCUGGUGGCGCCCGCGCUCGCCGCGCUCGUCAACCUCUGCCAGCGCAACCUGCCCGCCGUGGUCGCGCUCAUGCGCGCCGUCGACACGCGAGCCUUCCUCUGCACGCUCCUCUCCCGCAAGGACCCCUCGCCCGCCACCAAGCUGCAGGUGUGCAAGCUGGUGGUGACGGUGAAGCAGGUGCAGGGCGGGCUGCAGGACAGCGACGUGCUGAGCUUCUGCGAGGCGGCCUUCUGCGCCGUGGGCGACGCGCUCGCCUGCGCCGACGCCUUCCUGCUGCGCCAGAUCGUCGACUUCUUCGAGGACGUUCGCAACGACGAUCGCUGCCGCGCCGCACUGCUGCGCUAUGAGAAGUACGGAGCUCGUAACAAGCUAGACGUAAGAGUAGUGCGAGCGAAGCUGACGUGGAGUUGUGGCAGCUUCCGGAAGGACACGGAGGGUGUGCUGGGCCAGCUGAAGGACUCCCCGAAGCCGCAGUGCGUGUCGCUGCUGCUGCAGUUCCUGCUGCCGCUGGUGCAGCUGAGCAUCCGAGAGCUGGCGCCGCUCUACCCGGACGUGGCCGCGCUAGCGCUCAAGUGGAUAGUGGGCGAGACGGCGGGCACGGCGGCCAUGAUGGUGUUGUGCGCCAUAGUGAGCACUGUGUGCGGCCACAGCCAGGACGCGUCCCCAGCAGACGAGCAGAAGCAGGUGGACCGCGAGACGGCCCGCGUGCGCGACGCUGUGCUGGACCUGAUCGAGGCCAGGAUACCGAGCGUCAUGACAAAGUAUUAG